AAAGAAAAAUUAAACAAAAUGACACAAAAUACUUUGUUAACAUUGUCCUUCCUUUUGGCCGCCGCUUUUAUCCUUGCACCCAGUCACAUCGAAGCCAAAUGCAAUUUAUGCAGUGAUUAUGGCAUUGCUUGCAUCAAUGAAACCUCUUUCAAUCUGUGCUUUGGAGGCAAACAGGAUACCAGCAAAGUUUACGACUGUCCCGCGGAUAGACUUUGCAGUGCCACAAGUUUAAAAUGUAUUGAAGCAUCGUCCGGCGGCAAAGCCGCUUGUGAACCCAACAAAGGUUGUGGUGUAUGUGAUGGAGAUAAAAUCUUUGCUUGCACCAGUCGCACAACAUUCGCCCAAUGCAAUGGCGAGGAAUUGACUGAAAUUACUGGUGUCUGUCCCAAAGGAUUGACAUGUAAUUCGGAAGGCUCUGAAAUAUGUGUGGACGAAUGCAAUAGACCUAAUGUUUUCGAAUGCGAUAGAGAGGCAUAAUUUCAGAAAAUGUACUGAUCUGAAUGAAUGUAUUUGUAAAUUAAUGUUUUAAUGAAAUAAAGUUUAGGAAAAUAUAGAAAUAA